ACAGUAAGUUAAGCCAGUAGUCGGUAUCCGCCUUUUAAAUGAAGAAGAUCGUUGCGUUGUGAAAAAUAUCGUACAAAUUUUAUAUCACAAAAAAUAGUUUCUAUAUAUAUACAACAGACUUUGCAUUUAAAAUUAAAAUACAUACAUAUAUUUUCCUAAAACAAAAAAUUAAUUGUAAAAAAAUAAUUCUAAAAAACUUAAAUUUAUAUAAAUAUCAAAAAAAAAAAAAAUACUUCAAAAACUAUUCAAAUAGAAAAAAAUUUAUACAUAAAACAAAAAAAGAAAAAAAAAUACUAAAAGGUUUCAAAAAUAGUAACAAAGUGGACUCAAUUUUAAUUUUUUUUUGUAAAAAUAUGGUAGUGUUAAAUAACUUAAAACAUAGUGUGAAUUCGUAUAUAUAUAUAUUGCUUAAAAUACACAAAAAUUAAAAAAUAUUUUUUAUGUAAAAUUAAUUAUUCUGGUCUGGUUUUCUCAAGACUGAUAAUGUGAAAGAAAGUAGUUAAUAAUUAAAAUAAUAAUGUAAUAAUUAAAAAAAUCAAUUAGAAUUGAUUGGGAAGUGUUAAAUUAAAAAAAACUUCCUUCACUCGCUUUAAAAUAAAAUAAGAAAAAAGUGUUUCAGCAAAAAAGAAAAAAAAAUUGCAUAUUUGAAAAGAAUGGAAAAUUAUUCUCUAUUGUUUUUGUAUCAAUUUUUAUAUGAAAUUGUAAGAAGAACUAAUAAAAUAACUUUAUUUUAAUAUUUAAAAGAAAAAUAAGUGAGAAAUUAUUAGAAAUAGAAAAUUAAAAACCAAAAUUUUUAAAAACAAAUGAGUAAUUUAUCAACAUCAAGUUUUUAUCAUAGUGUUGAUAACAACAGCACAUUAAUAUCCGAUGAAGAAAAUAAAGUUGAACCUCAUGAUGACGAAAAUGAUGAUGAUGAUGAUGUUGAUGCUGACGAUGAUGACAUGAGGGGUAAUAGAAAUGAUUUACCAUCUAUAUCAUCAUCAAAUGAAUUAGUAGAUUUUAAUACGGGUCCAUUAAAUCCUAAUUGUGUUACAACUGUAGCAAACACAAAUCAUAUAAAUGAUGAUAGUUGUAUAAAAAAUUAUCAAGAAAUCGGUUCAAUUGUAAAAUCAUCAUCAUCAAUUCAAGAAAAACAUCAUCAGCAACAACAACAACGGCAACAAAAACAACAUAGAAAACAGCAACAAUAUCAUCAACGUAAUUUACAAAGGGAUCAAAAACUACAACAACAACAACAACAUUAUCUAUCACAACCGACAACUUCAUUUUCACAACAAAUGUACAAAACAUCAUCAGAUGUAGGAGGUUUAAAUUUCUCUUCUUCCAAUUCUUCUUACAACAAUAAUAAUAAUUCAAUGCAAUCGUACUCAUCACAUCCAAAUUAUAAUAAAAGUCAAACGUACAAACAACAGCAACAGCAACAACAAAAUUAUCAAUCUAAUCAGAAUUAUUCAAAUAUGAUUAAUCCUAUUAAUGCUUUGCAACAUCAACAGCAUUUUGAACCUCCACCACAUCGAUAUUAUCAAGAACCAAUAUUUCGCCCACCACCAACAUCAGCAUAUUAUCAAAAUUAUUUUGCUCCACCAUCAAGACAAACUUAUGAUUAUGCUUCAAUAUAUGGUCAUCCACCUCGGUCAUUUGGACCACCCGGGAAUCCUAUGUAUUGGUAUUCUCAACAACAUCAUCAUCAUCAGGGCAAUUACGGUCCACCACCACCACCACCACAUUUUUCACAAGUUCCUCCUCAUUCUACUGUUUCUCAUUCUCAUCAACUACAUCAUUCGCAACAUUCUCAAUAUUUAGCACAAACUGUAGGAGGUAAUAUGGGUCCAACGUUUGGAAAUCCUCAACAUAAUGAACAAAUGAUGAAUGUUUUGCAGUUCUCCAACAGCAAUGGACGGGAGGCCAGAAAUAGAGCAGAAAAACAGCGUCGUGAUAAAUUGAAUGGUUCAAUUGCUGAUUUAGCAACAAUGGUGCCACAUGUCGCUGAAUCACCGAGACGUGUAGAUAAAACAGCAGUACUUCGUUAUUCAGCUCAUGGUUUAAGGUUGCGUUAUGUUUUUGGAAAAAUCUUGGAAUCAAAAAGUGAUGAAGAAUCUGGAACUGGUUUACUAUUAACAGAUUCUAUAACAAAAUUAUUAGAUGGAUUUUUGUUAACAGUUACAUGUAGGGGCCAGAUUGUAUUAAUAACACCCUCUGUUGAACAGCAUCUAGGGCAUUGUCAAACGGAUUUAUUUGGGCAAAAUAUACUUCACAUCACCCAUCCUGAUGAUCACCAAAUGUUAAAACAACAGCUAAUUCCAACAGAUUUAGAUCAACUCUUCGAUAUCCAAGAGGAUGAAAAUGGAGAACCAAGACCAAGAACACAGGAAGAAGAAAAUGAAAUCGAUAGACGUUUGUUGGCUGAUAAAAGAAAUUUUACUGUUCGAUUGGCAAGGGCUACGCCACGUAGUGAACCUGCGGCGUAUGAGAUAGUUAAAAUCGAUGGAUGUUUUAGACGUGCCGAUUCAGCUCCACGUGGUGUUAAGUCAAGUACGUUUCCUUCUGGUUUACAACUGAUUCGAAGAGCUCGUGGCAGAGACGAUUCUAUACCUUUGCCUAGUAUAAGUGCAAACGAUAUUGUUCUUGUUGCUAUGGUUCGCAUAAUUAAACCCCCUAAAAUAAUUGAUAGGCUACGUGAAGCAAAUAAUUUCGAAUAUAAAACGAGACAUCUCAUAGAUGGUAGAAUGAUAAUGGUAGAUCAAAGGAUAUCUCUUGUAGCUGGUUAUAUGACGGAUGAGGUAACUGGUUUAAGCCCUUUUACGUUUAUGCAUCAAGAUGAUGUCCGAUGGGUAAUUGUAGCUUUAAGACAAAUGUAUGACAGUAAUAGUUCUUAUGGUGAAUCUUGUUAUCGUCUAUUGACACGUACUGGACGUUUUAUAUAUUUAAGGACCAGAGGAUAUCUAGAAAUUGAUAAGAAUACAAAUCAAGUUCAUUCUUUUUUGUGUAUAAAUAGUUUGGUUAGUGAAGAAGAGGGUCGUCAGCGGUGUCAAGAAAUGAAAAAUAAAUUUUCAAUAAUAAUUAAUGCGAAUAUACCACCAUCUAAUACAGAUGGAUUGGCUGUAGAUAAUCCUCAGCAAUUAGAAAAAGCAGUAAUAUACCUUAUUGAAAAUUUACAAAAAACUGCCCGUGAAGUUGUUGAAGCUGAUGAUGAUGAAUAUUGCAAUGAAAGAGGUCAUUCGAACGAAAACGCUUUAGAUUGCAAAACAUCCAUUCAUGGUUGUGAUGGAAAUGAAUCUCCAAAAAAUACAGAGCGAUUAACAAAGUCGCCUCCGUUAACAUUAGUUCCGCCUAACACUUCGUCAAUAAAAUCUUCAAUAUCUAAAAGUGUUGCAGUUGUUAAUACAACAGCUGCCAAAAGUUUUAGAAUUAGUCGUGCUAAAAGCAAAUGCUUAUCAGAAAAAUCUAACAUAAAAGAUGAUAUAUCAUCUAUUGGUGAGGAUAGUAACAGUAGUAAUAAUAGCAGUAACCUUAAUCUAUUUGCAAAUGAUGUAGCUGUUAAAGAAGAAGAUCAAAAUGAUAAAACAUCAUUUCAUUUUAAUAAAAUUAAUCACAAUUGCGGUAAUAAAAAUUAUAAUAGUAAUGAAAAUAUUAGUAGUCUUAACAAUAACGGUAGUAGCAGUACUAAUAAAAGUUAUAAUGAAAAUGAGUCGAACUUUGAAAAUCAACAAAGAAAGCAACAAAAUAGUGAUAUAAAUAAUAUUUUAAUAAAAACCGAAAACAUUGAAUAUUUUAGUGAUAAUGAUAAUUUUAAUGAAAAUAACAAUCGCGUUCCACCAUUACCAAAAAACAGCGGUUAUUAUGAAAUAGAAAUAAUAAAUGAUCCUGCAAAUAAUUCAAAUUUUGGUGAUGCUAGUAAAAUAUUAAUGACAUCCAGAACAGAAUACAAAGUGGUUCAAUCACCUUCAACAUCUUUAUCGAAAUACGAUGAAUUAAAUAGAAAUAGAGAACAGCAGAAACAUCCCGAUUUAAAAAGAAUGAGAAAUACUUAUGAAGACAUAACAUUAGAUUCUUGCGAUAGUCCGUCAAGAAAACGUAUUGCGCUAAGCGAUAGUCCAUUAGGGAUAGAAAAUGUUAGUACUUCUUCAUUGGAUAAUGAUCAAAUGUUUAUGAACGCUACAACGGCAAUGCAAAGAACGUCUAAUCCACAAGAAGAUCUUUCUCAAUUACUACCUAGCUCAUUUAGUCAAAUUAAAAAUUCUCUAUCACAUAUAAAAACUGCCACAACAGAGCUAAAACGCCAAUGCAUCGCUUAUGCAGAUACUCAAAACCAACUAGAGGAAAUCAUAGAUGAACGUGAUAAACAAGAAGAACUUUUGGAAAAUAUUCAAAAUGAAUAUGAAGCUCAUUUAUUAGAACAUCAAGGAUUAGUGACUUCGCCAAUUUCAACAUCAGAUGGAAGUAUUUCAUUGUCACUAUCAAACGUUUUAAAAUCUUCCGAAUGUAAAUCUUCAACGACGACCGCAGCUAAAACAAACACCGUGAUAGAUUUUGAUACGGAUGAUAUUCUUCAACGAAAUAUUAACUUAACCAACACAAGAUAAACUUAAUAAGCCCCAGUUAUAAAAACUAAUCAUAACAAAAAAAAAAUAACAAAUGUGUGUGUGAAAUAGUCCCAAAAUAUUAAAACAUUUAUUAAGAAAGUUUCAAAACAAAAAAAGCAAAUUUAAAUUAUAUUUAUGUUUUUCAGAAUUUAUAAUAUAAGCAAAAAAUAAAUAAAAAAAUAAAGUUGAUAUUGUGGAUGGAAUUAUUGUAAAAUUGAAAAAAUCUGAUGUUGGAUUGAUGAAUGUCUCUAAGUAAUAUAAUAUUUGUAUUUAUUUAAAUCAUAUUGUGUAUACACAUGAUAAUAAAUAAGUAAUGUAGUUAAAUUUUAUAUAUAAUAGCAUAACAGGAAUAGGAUAAUUAAACUGGGGCAAUAAUAUUUUUAAAAUUAAGUUAUUUAACUAUUUUUAUUAUAGUUCUAAAUUUGUUAUAAUAAUUUUGCUAUAAUUUUUAUUAUUAUCAUUAUUACCACUCUUAUGAUUAUUAUUCUCAUUAUUAUAAUUAAUAAAAUUAUUUUUUUUUU